AUGCCACCAAAAAAGAAAGAAGAAGCUAAACCAAAGCCAUUGAUUGGUCGAAUUGGUACUAAUCUUAAAAUGGGUAUUGUUGGUUUACCAAAUGCAGGAAAAUCAACUUUUUUUAAUAUUCUCACUAAAUCGAGUGUACCUGCUGAAAAUUUUCCUUUUUGUACGAUCAAUCCAAAUGAAAGUCGAGUACCUGUACCUGAUUCACGCUUUGAUUUUUUAUGUCAACAUUAUGAACCAUUGAGUAAACAACCAGCAUAUCUCAAUGUAGUUGAUAUUGCUGGUCUUGUUAAAGGUGCAAGUGAAGGUCAAGGUCUUGGCAAUGCAUUUCUUUCACAUAUAAAAGCAUGUGAUGGUAUAUUUCAUAUGGUUCGACUUUUCGAUGAAGUUGAUAUAGCUCAUGUCGAAGGAAAUGUUGAUCCAAUACGUGAUAUGGAAAUAAUUCAUGAUGAAUUAAGAUUAAAAGAUCUUGAAAUGACAAAAAAGGUUGCUGAAGAUUUAGAAAAAAAGGUUGUACGUGGAAAUGAUAAAGCAUUAAAAAUUGAUUAUGAAACAAUAAAUAAAGUUUUACAUCUAUUAAAUGAAGAACGAGGUAGUCUUCGUUUUCAUGAUUGGAAUGAAAAAGAAAUUGAAGUACUUAAUAAACAUUUAUUUAAUACAUCAAAACCAAUGAUUUAUUUAUUAAAUAUGUCAGAAGAAGAUUAUAUUAAGAAAAAAAAUAAAUGGUUAGGUAAAGUUAAACAAUGGAUUGAUGAACAUGAUCCAGGUGCAACUGUAAUACCAUUUAGUGCUAAUUAUGAAUAUCGUUUAAUUGAUUUACCACAUGAUGAAUGUGAAAAAGUUAUUAAAGAAACCGGAGCAUCAAGUGGUUUGGAAAAAAUCAUUCUGGCUGGUUAUCGAGCAUUACAAUUAUGUUAUUUUUUUACAUGUGGAAAAGAUGAAGUUAAAGCAUGGACAAUACAAGUUGGAACAAAAGCUCCACAUGCUGCUGGACGUAUUCAUACAGAUUUUGAAAAAGGUUUUAUUAUGGCUGAAGUUAUGAAAUAUGAUGAUUUUAAAGAACAUGGAAGUGAAAAUGCAGUUAAAGCUGAAGGAAAAUAUCGACAACAAGGAAAAAAUUAUACUGUUGAAGAUGGUGAUAUUGUUUAUUUUAAAGCAAACACUGGUGGUGGUUUAAAUGCAUCAAAAAAAUAG